AUGGAAAGAAGAGAACAAGAUCAAGUGUUUGGGUUGUUGAUGACAUUGGAUCCUUGCUACAAGGAUGUCAUCAAACACAUCUUGAGAUCGCCUAACCUACCAUCCAUGGAGGAAGUAUGCGCGCAACUUCAGAAGGAGGAGGGAUCUCUUGGCCUGUUUGGAGGCAAGGGUGAGCUCACUAUGGCUCAUCAAGCUGAAGGAAUGCAAGCAAACAAGGCUGCAUACAGAGGCUCAGGAAGGAAGUAUGAAAAGUAUGAGGUAAGCUGUGAGCAUUGCAAGAGGACCGGUCACAAGAAGAGUGAGUGUUUGAUCCUACAUCCUCACCUCAGGCCACACGGGUUCAACAGGGAUAAAGAAGCAAAGGCUCAUCUUUCUGCUGAAUCAAAUGGUGAUGGUUCAGCCGGAGCUAGCUCAGGCGCUAAGGUGGGUGAAAGUGAAUGUAGAGCCCUGGCAUCUCAUCAACUAAUUAGAAAGGGUAUGGAUCAGGAGGUAUUCAAGAGAGCUGACCUUGAAGCCUUCUUCAAAGCUCUUAAGGAGUCUGGUAACACUCUCGGAAACACCCUUGGAUACUCAUAUGCUGCUCAUACAUUGCCUAGUACUACUGAUAAGUUACUAGACAUUUUUAAAAGCUCUUACACUGCUGCUAGUAAUCCUAACAAUACUGAUAAGUUACUAGACAUGUUUAAAAGCGCUUACACUGCUACUAGUGAGCCGAGUAUAACUAGUAAGAUUGAUAAUAACCUGAUUAAAGACAUAGAACCGGCUCAUGGACAUGUUAUGAUUGCUAAUGGAGAUAGAAUUCCUAUUAGAGGAAUUGGUAAACUGAAACUGUUUAAUAAGGACUCUAAAGCAUUUUUCAUGCCUGAGUUUACUUCUAAUCUUUUAUCUGUCAAAAGAUGCACCACUGAUCUUCAAUGCAAUGUUAUCUUUAGUCCUGAUGAUGUUAAGCUUCAGGAUAUUAAGAGCAGUAAGUUGAUUGGACAAGGAGCAACCAAAGGAGACCUUUAUAUGCUUGAUGAUCUUAAUCCCAUCUUUAGUUCUUGCUUUUCAUUUAGUUCUGUUUCUUCCUUAAGUAAAGAUGCAUUGUGGCAUGCUAAACUUGGAUAUCCACAUGUUAGGGCUUUAAGCAUUGUGUUACCAGGUGUCAUGUCAGAUAAUGGUGGAGAAUACAUAGGCCACACAUUGAAAGAUCACCUAGCUCAACAUGGGAUUCUACAUCAGACUAGCUGUCCUUACACUCCACAACAGAAUGGAGUUGCUGAAAGGAAGAACAUACACCUCAUGGAAGUGGUCCGUUCAAUGAUGUUCCACAAGAGUGUCCCUGAGAGAUUUUGGAGUGAUGCUGUGAUGACUGCUUUCUAUCUGAUCAACAGGAUACCAACUAGAAUCCUAGAGGAUUAG